CGGAGUUUCCCCACCGCCCCCGGCUGACGCACCAGCUCCUCCGGGGGCGGCCCCUAAGGGUCGGCGCCUGCCGCCCCGCGCGCACUCCGGCACCGAGCCCAUGGGAGCAGCGGCAGCGCGGGCGGCGCGGGCGCUUCUGCCGGCGGCUCUGCUGGCGCUGGCGCUGAGCCCGGGGCCCGCGGCCGCCCCGCCGUGCGGCGCCGACUGCCCCGCGGGUACCUUCGUGCUGGGCGCGGGCUGCGGGCGCUGCCGGCGCUGCCCGCCCGACACCUUCUCCAGCGCGGCCGGACUCCGCGGCUGCACGCUCUGCCGCAAGUGCGAAGGAAGAUUCAGGUAUUUGAAAGAGUGUUCCUCAACAAGCGACGCUGAGUGCACGUGCAAGGAGGGGUAUCGCUGCAGCGGCGACAGCUGCUCCCGCUGCGACCGGAGCUGCGGCGUGGGCCAGGAGAACACCAAGAGCGGUUGCCAGACUUGCCGCUAUGGAACUUUUAAUGAUCAGCCUAAUGGCUCCUGUAAAAACUGGACAAAGUGCUCUGCAAACCAGGUCCUGGAGUCUGGAACCACAGCAAAAGAUGUCAUUUGCAAACACACUUCAGAUAAUCCCCCUUUACUUACUAGUCCACCUACCACCUCUCCUGCAAUUCCACUUCCUAUCACUGUGCCAGGGGAGGACCUCCAGACGGACGCUGUCAGCAUUUCUCUCACUGUAGCUGGGGUGCUGUGCAUAGUGUUUCUGCUGCCGUCGUGCAUAUGCCUCAUUAUCUGGCAGAAAAAGAAACUACGUGAUGUCUUCAAGAAAAGACGCAAGGAGGUGGAAUUGCAUCCAGCACAGUUGGCAUCUCUGUUCCUUUGGGGUUUUCUCUCUCUCUCAUCCUCUCCCCUUUCCCAGAGACAAGGGCUUGAUCUCCCAGUGCAACUCUGAAUACAGCAGACAGUUGCUCCAAAAAUCUAACAGCUCCACGUUGGUCUUCCUUCCCGUGACACAGAAAGCACGAGCAGCCGCUGCUGCAUUAGGGAAAACAAAGUAUGAUGAAUCAGUUUUAUCAGAUGUACAUGCUGUAGGGGAAAAAAUUCAGAAUACUGAAUUAUUUGAAGAAUUUUUCCUGCCAACUUCCUGCACUUGUGACUGAGGAAGGGUGAAAUAAGAUGGCUGAAUAAAUGCAACAAAAAGUGAACAUUUGAUCUUUUU